UUCUCACCGCUGUCUAUCGAGCAACCCAAACAAUUUUUUCGCCCGCCAUGGAUGAGAAUUGUGAUAUAUUGUUUGGACAAAUUAUGUGAAUUUAGUUUAUUAAUCUAAAAGCGCAGUGAUUACGUAACGAAAUAAUUACUUAUUUUGGAUACUGAGAGUGUUUAUAUUUACAUAGAAAUAUUUUAUCGAUAAUACUGAAUGAGUUUCGGUGUUACAAGUGCAUGAUUCGAAAGUGAGGUUAUGUGUUUCGUUUAUUUGUGAACAUCAAGAUUAUCUUCGACACAAAAGGUUUUUAAUAACAUUCGUGGAAUAAUUCAAAAUUCCCCUUUUCCGUCUAACAGCGCCACAUGUUUCUCAAGGGAGUCCGACAGUUGAUCGGGCCGCUCUCCCAAUCCCCGGGGAGGCGCCCUUUCCCAGCGAGACCCUCGCUAGAGCGGCCCUUCCAGUUUUCCAGACAACUCGCCAGCGCAGGCACGCUACCGCAGUUAACUAAGGACCGAUAUCCUUAUGUGAAAAGAGGUCAAUACGCCAACUUAGAUCACCAUCACUUGAAAUACUUCAAGGAUUUACUUGGACCAAAUCGCGUUAUUACAGAUACGGAUGAAUGUCAAGGUUUCAACAUUGACUGGAUUCGAUCUGUUAGAGGUUAUAGUCAAUGUGUCCUAAAACCAAAAACUACUGAAGAGGUUUCCAGUAUACUAUCAUUUUGUAAUGAACAUCGUCUUGCCGUUUGUCCACAAGGUGGAAAUACUAGCCUAGUAGCAGGAUCUGUUCCUGUAUUCGAUGAAGUCGUUCUUUGGACCGGAUUGAUGAACGAAAUUAUCCAUUUAGAUGAUACCUCAGGUGUUCUGACUUGUCAAGCUGGUUGUAUACUCGAAAACCUAGAAAAUUACGUAGCGAAUCAUGAUUUGAUGAUACCUUUAGACCUUGGCGCUAAAGGAUCCUGUCACAUUGGAGGAAAUGUAUCCACAAACGCCGGCGGUUUAAGACUUUUACGCUACGGUAACCUACACGGAAGCAUCCUCGGUAUAGAAGCCGUUAAAGCAGACGGCGAAGUAAUCGACUGCUUGAACACUUUAAAAAAAGACAAUACGGGAUAUCAUUUGAAACACCUCUUCAUAGGAUCCGAAGGAACCUUAGGAGUUGUUACUAAAGUUGCGAUUAGUUGUCCAACGAAACCCAAAGCUAUCAACGUGGCGUUACUGGGUUUAAAUUCGUUCGAAGAAGUUUUGAGAACACUGAAAAAAGCCAAAAGAGAAUUAGGAGAAAUUUUAUCAUCGUGCGAAUUAAUCGACAAUUUAUGUAUGGAUCUAGUUUUGAAACAUUUGAAGGUCCCACCGCCCAUCGGUCAACAUAACUUUUACAUGUUGAUAGAAACCCAUGGAAGUAACUUGAUACACGACGAGGAGAAGACGAAUUCGUUUUUGGAGAAUGUUAUGAACGAAGGUUUAGCUUUGGAUGGUACAACAACGAACGAAGUCAGCAAAAUGAAGUCUAUAUGGGAUUUGAGGGAAAGGAUAACCGAGGCGCUUCUUCACGACGGAUACAUCUUCAAAUAUGAUAUUUCUCUUCCGACUGAAAGUUUCUAUUCUUUGGUUGAAAUAAUGAAAGAACGGUUGGGUGAUAGGUCUCAUAGAGUUUGUGGAUACGGACACCUUGGCGAUGGUAAUAUCCAUUUGAGUAUCUCAGUGUCUGAAUUCACCAAAGAAAUCCUGGAUCUUAUUGAACCGUACGUUUACGAAGUCACCUCAAAGUUCAAGGGAAGUGUGAGCGCUGAACACGGAAUCGGAUUCAGAAAACCGAAAUACAUGCAUUAUUCCAAAAGUAACGAAGCUAUAAUGUUAAUGAAACAUAUAAAAAAUCUCAUGGAUCCCAAUGGCAUCCUCAAUCCAUAUAAAGUGUUACCACCUUAAAGUAAUUUGUAUAAGAACAUUCCGAGCAGAAAUUCACUAACUAGUUUUUGAUUUUUACACAAUUUACUCGUUGCAACAAAUUUUCCUACUUUUCUAUCCCAGAGUGUGUAUUAAAUUUAUUUAUAACAAAUUCCUGUUUAUUAUAAACGAAUCACUUACAAAAUUUGUUCAAUGAAAAUAAUUUUCCACGACAAAUAAUAAAUUGAUAUACUCAAUUAUUUAUUAGUCGAUACAACAAAAUUUAUUGUUUAUGUAUAAAAUUAGUAAAUAACAAAAUUUCUAUUCCAAGUUGUAGCGAAGACUAUUUUUUGAUUUACUAGCAGAAAAAAUUUUAUAUUAAACUUACCAAGCCAAAAAAUUUUGUAAUUGAUUUACAUAUUUUUGUAUUGAAUACACAUUUUUUUAAAUUAAUAAAAUAUAUUCAAUUCAUGUCUUACCCCUCAUGUGAAGCUAAGAAUUUGGAUUAAUUGGUCUCUAUCUGUCACUAAUGUGAUAAUUCUAUAGAAUAAAACAAUAGUUAUUAUUUUUUUUACAAUGGGGAGCCUUGUUGGUCCCAAUUACUUUGGUAAUCCCUUUAGAGUCCCUUUGACACAGUUCACAGCUAUCCAGAACAGAGAAUUUAAGGCUCCACCUUCUUUCUUGGUAUAAUUCAUGGUUCCCUCAUUGUUCUUGGCGAUUUUAAUAACUCCCUUUUCGUUCUUGGUGAUUUUAAUAGCUCCAUCUUCGUUUUUUAUGAUAAAAAUGACUCCAUCUUUGUUCUUUGGUUAUAUUCAUGGCUCCAUCUUCGUUUUUUAUGAUAAAAAUGACUCCAUCUUUGUUCUUUGGUUAUAUUCGUGGCUCCAUCUUUGUUCUUGUUAAUAUUCAUGACUCAAUCUUCCUUCUUGAUGUUAAAUAUGGCUCCAUCUUUGUCCUUGGCAACUUUCACUGUUCCAUAAUAACAAUGGCUCCAUCUUAAUUCUUUGGUUAUAUUCAUGGCUUUGUUCUUGGUAAUAUUCAUGACUCAUUCUUCUUCGUUCUUGGUAAUAUCUAUAGCUAAAUCUUCGUAUUUUGGUUAUAUUCAUGGCUCCAUCUUCAUUGUUGAUGAUAUUAAUGACUCAAUCUUCGUUCUUGGGGAUAUUCUUGCCUUGUCCUAAUUGCUCUAGUCAUCCCUUUACAAUUUCCUUGGUUGCCCUUGCCGUAGCUAUCCAGAACUGGAGAAUUUAUUGCUCUUUUCUAGUUUUUGGUGAUAUUCUUGGUGUUUCGCUCUACAAUUGGAGAACUUCUGGCAUCAUCGUUUUUGGUGAUAUCAAUGACUCCAUCUUCGUUCUUGUUGAUAUUCAUGGUUCCAUUUUCUUCUUCAUUCAAAAUGUACCCAAAGUUAGCAGUUAUUACUAUAAUUCAUAAUGAAAAAAACUUUGUUAGUCCUGAUUGCAUUGAUAAUCCCUCCACAGUCCCUUUUGUUUCCGUUGCUAUAGCUUGCAGCUGUCCAGAACUAGAGAAUUUUCUAGACGUUUCUGUCUUUGAAGCAAGGCUCUUCGGAUAUGUCAAAUUCGAAGAAUUUUCCUCCAUAAGAGCUCGAUACUUUCCUUUUUUAUUCCACUGAACUUCCAUUAGCUCUGGGAUUAGACCUACUAGAAUCUUUGCCUUCCUUCUACUCAACUACAAUAUUUUCCCUGUCAAAACUGAGGGGGUUUUUCCCACUUAUGACGUUUUCGAUCUGUUUACAACCAUAUAAUUGGACCCAUGCCUUUUUUUUCGUUUAACACAGUUUAAAGUUUUCCUCAAUCCAGUAGUACUGAUUUGAAUCCUUUCAGAGAUUCACUGACUCAAAGUUUGGUCAUGUCGUUGGCAAUCCCUUUGCCCCUGAGUUCUUUAUAUCCAGGAUCCAAGUGCAGUAGUCCUUUCUCAAGUUAGCUAAUCAAGUGACUUGUACCAUUCCAGAAUCGACUCAACGAAACCAAAGAUUGUUUUUGACAAAGACCUUCAACCUAUUUAUGCUCAAAAUUAUUUUUUAGUGGAACUGGGAGAUUCAAGCUCACCAGUGUGGUAGGAAAGCUUUUCAUAUAUUGAUAUAGGAAAGUGGAAAUUAAUCUUUGAUUAGAACAAAUAUCUUUUUGUCUAUCUGUUUUACAACUGUUUGGAUAUUGUUCGGAAAAUUUUGUUUUGAACUAAUCAGCAUCACAGGGAAAAGAAAAAUGAUAAAAUAGGUACUUAUAUAACUUCAAAUAUUUACCUCUUUUUUUCCUUUUCACUAGUUUUCUUCAUCUUCAAUACAAAAAUAUUGAAAAUCAAUCAAUAUUUCAUUCAAAAGUAAUAAAAAAUCAUAAUUUCCUCAUUAACAAAUAUUAAUCGACACAAAAUGAGAAAAUUGUAAAUGGAAGACGUUGUCAAAUGUACAGAUAUAUUUUUAUAUUUGGCGAAUCUGAAAUUUAUCUACCUACGUCCCUUUUCUCCUACUUGUACCGUUUUUACAUAAAAAAUUUUGUGUCUACGUUUUCACAUUUUUUGCUCGCUAUGAAUUUAUUAGAAUAUUUGUUAUCUUCAAUUUGUUAUAUUGUUAUUAAAUUUUGAAAAUAUAUUUUAUUCAAAAAA